GGCCGCGCAGCCUCGCCUCCCCUUCGCAGCAUGUCGGAGGCGGCGGAGCGCAAGAACGGCGCGGGGAAGUCGCCUCCGCCGCCGCCUUCCGCGGCCCCGGAGGGCAGGAGCGCAGUCCUGAGCGCGGUGGCCGGCCCGGAUCCCCGCGAGGCAGCGGCGAGUCGGAGGAGGAGAGCGAGAGCGGCGACGAGGCGGGCGGAGACGGCUACUUCUACUACACGGUGGACGAGCGCUGGAUCGACUAUGUGGAGCGGACGGAGGGCGGGGGGCUCCUCCAGCACUCCCGGCCCAAGAUGAAGCGCAAGUCGGAGGGCGGGGCCCCCGAGGGCAGAGCUCAGUCCCCGGGGAAGAAGCUCUGCAAAAGUUCCGAGCCGGGCAGGAUGCUGGGUCCCUGCAUCGCCCGGCCUGCGUCCACUUUUGGGGAUCUCCGGAAUGCCAAGGCCAGCCAGGCGCGAUGCCGGCACGUCCCCCCCGUGGCUCCGCCCCUUGAGCUGCAGGACUGGUUACGCACUUUCCAGCGCUGGAGCGGCCCGGAGAAGCUGCUGGCCCUGGACGAGCUCAUUGACCGCUGUGAGCCCCCUCAGAUUAAGCACAUGAUGCAGGUGAUCGAGCCCCAGUUCCAGCGGGACUUCAUCUCGCUUCUGCCAAAGGAGCUGGCUCUCUAUGUCCUCUCCUUCCUGGAGCCUCGGGACCUGCUCCGAGCUGCGCAGACAUGUCGCUACUGGCGCAUUCUGGCUGAAGACAACCUGCUCUGGCGGGAGAAGUGCCGCGAUGGAGGUAUCGAUGAGCCACUGAGCCUGCGUAAGCGUCGGCUGCUGAGCCCGGGCUUCAUGUACAGCCCUUGGAAGCUGGCCUUUCUACGGCAGCAUCGCAUCGAUAUGAACUGGCGCAAUGGAGAUGCCCGCCCCCCCAAGGUCCUCAAAGGCCACGAUGACCACGUCAUCACCUGCCUCCAGUUCUGUGGCAACCGCAUCGUCAGUGGCUCUGAUGACAACACACUCAAGGUUUGGUCUGCCAUCACCGGCGAGUGUGUGCAAACUCUGGUAGGACACACCGGUGGUGUUUGGUCCUCCCAGAUGAGGGACAAUAUCAUCAUCAGUGGCUCUACAGACCGGACCUUGAAAGUGUGGAACGCGGACACGGGUGAAUGUGUGCAUACGCUCUACGGCCACACCUCGACUGUGCGUUGCAUGCACCUCCACGACACAAGGGUGGUGAGUGGCUCUCGCGACGCCACUCUCCGUCUUUGGGAUAUAGAGACCGGGCAGUGCCUCCAUGUGCUGAUGGGACAUGUGGCUGCUGUGCGCUGCGUCCAGUAUGAUGGGCAUAAGGUGGUGAGCGGGGCCUACGACUACACAGUAAAAGUCUGGGAUCCGGAGACAGAGAGCUGCACCCACACUCUGCAAGGCCACACCAACCGGGUCUACUCCCUGCAGUUCGAUGGCACCCACAUUGUGAGCGGCUCUCUGGACACCUCAAUCCGCGUAUGGGAUGCCGAGAGUGGCAACUGCUUGCACACCCUGAUGGGGCACCAGUCCCUCACCAGCGGCAUGGAGUUGCGGGACAAUAUCCUCGUCUCUGGCAAUGCCGACUCCACCGUGAAAAUUUGGGAUAUCAAAACGGGACAGUGCUUGCAGACCCUCCAAGGGCCCAGUAAGCACCAGAGUGCAGUCACCUGCCUGCAGUUCAGUUCCAAGUUUGUCGUGACCAGCUCAGAUGAUGGCACAGUCAAGCUGUGGGAUCUCAAGACGGGGGAAUUUGUGCGCAACCUGGUUGCCCUGGAAAGUGGGGGCAGUGGGGGAGUCGUCUGGCGCAUCCGUGCCUCCAACACCAAGCUUGUGUGUGCUGUGGGCAGCCGCAACGGCACUGAAGAAACCAAGCUGCUGGUGCUGGACUUUGAUGUGGACCUGAAAUAAGGGACUGGACUGUUUGGGGAGCCUGCGGGCCAGGUGGCCCCAGUGGGGGGCGGGGGGGGGCAUGUCCGAGGUCACCUUAUUUAUAACUGAUGCAGCCUGCAUGGCUGGCAAAGGGGGAGAGAGCACUGGGGGACUGUUUUGUACACACUCAUAAUAUAUGGCUUUAUUUCUGUA